CUGCGCGGUGGCGGUGCCUCAUCCCGAGGGGCCCCGGCGCCCCUUCAGCGGGCACGGGAGAGGGUGGGAUGUGCCGGUGUCAGGGGGCGCUCAGAGCCGCGGCCGCACCGCCAUCGCUGUUUGUUUUCAUCCGUUGGGGCGGGGAGGAGUGGGGGGAGGAGGAAGCGCCUGCCUCUCCGCGCCGGCACUUUCCACACGGAGCCGCCGCCGCCACCGCCCCCCGCGCCGCCCCGCUCCUGGGAAGGGGUCCAGGGACACGGUGGAGGUUCUGGGGAAGCUCUGUAAGGGAGCAGCCCCGGCGGCCACCCCGGCCGUUGGCCAUGGCUGUCCCCAUUGCCGUUCUGGACUGCGACCUCUUGCUUUAUGGCCGCGGACACAGGACUUUGGAUCGCUUCAAGCUGGAGGAUGUCACGGAUGAGUAUCUAGUAUCCACAUAUGGCUUUCCCCGACAGUUCAUUUACUACCUGGUGGAUCUCCUGGGAGCCAGUCUCUCUCGCCCUACACAGCGGUCCAGGGCCAUCAGUCCGGAGACGCAGAUACUUGCUGCGUUGGGUUUUUAUACCUCUGGCUCCUUCCAGACUCGCAUGGGGGAUGCUAUUGGCAUUAGUCAAGCCUCCAUGAGCCGCUGUGUUGCCAAUGUAACUGAGGCAUUGGUGGAAAGAGCCCCACAGUUUAUUCACUUUCCUGAGGAUGAAGCUACUGUUCAGAGCCUGAAGGAUGACUUUUAUGGGCUGGCAGGCAUGCCGGGAGUGCUGGGGGUGGUUGACUGCACCCACGUGGCAAUAAAAGCACCAAAUGCGGAGGACCUGUCCUACGUGAACAGAAAGGGUCUCCAUUCUCUGAACUGCCUGAUGGUGUGUGAUGCCAGAGGAGUCCUUCUGAGUGCUGAAACGCACUGGCCAGGCAGCCUGCCCGACUGCAUGGUCUUGCAGCAGGCAGCCCUUACCAGCCAGUUUGAAAGUCAGCUACAUAAAGAUGGCUGGCUUCUUGGUGACAGCUCCUUCUUUCUCCGAACGUGGCUGAUGACCCCUCUGCAUAUCCCUGAGACACCUGCAGAGUAUCGUUACAACAUGGCGCAUUCUGCCACUCACAAUGUCAUUGAGCGGACAUUCAGAACCAUUAGGUCGCGUUUCCGCUGCCUGGAUGGGUCCAAAGGCACCCUGCAGUACUCUCCAGAGAAAUCCAGCCACAUCAUUCUGGCCUGCUGUGUGCUCCAUAACAUCUCCCUGGAGCACGGGCUGGACGUGUGGUCUUCUCCGGCUACCAGCCACAUGGAACAGCCAGAAGAAGAGUAUGAGCAAAUGGAAUCAAUGGACUCGGAAGCCUGUCGUAUUCGUCAGGAGCUUUUACUUACUCAUUUUAGCUAAUGUUGUGAAAGAGGGAAGGCUUCUAAUGAUUCAUCUGGGAAGAUAUACAGAGGAAAUAUGUCCCUUCCUGUACUUUAAGUUUGUAAAGACUAAGUAGACAAGAGAUGAGGAGAAAUUUCAUACAAUUUUUAAGGUUGGAGAAGACUUCUAUGAUCAUUUCCAACCAUCAGCACAGCAUCACUGUGCCUACAAAGUCAAAUUAUACUCUCUUCACUUCAGACGGUAUUCUGAACUUCUCUUGAUCUCUUUAGAGAUGCAAUGUAAUCACGAGCUUUUUACUGUUAUGAUGCUUAUGGACUCCCCUUUCAUCUGAUUUAGAGAAAAAUCACUAACAUGCUAUCAGUGUAGAAACGUGGGAAAUUGUCUUUGAUAAUUACAGAAUAUCUGUAAGCCUCCCUAUUUUACAAAACAACAGUUCUAUGUCACUUUAUAAUCAAAACCACUUAUGAUUGAUUUCUAAACAGUAUUUCACAUAAAUUAAACUUCCAUGUGGGCUCAUGUCUACCCCAAAUUCAUGAGCAGCAAAGCAAACAUUUAUCUUUUCAUUUGCAGAUACAAAUUCUCGCUAUGGAUCAUUUCACAGUUCUGCACAUCUUGCAGAACCCAGUGAUUCCUCUGAAAGCUGACAGCUGCGUUCUGGGAGGAGUCUGGCUUUUUGCUGGAUAUACACACUACUAUUUCCAUGUACCCAGAAGGGUUAAGGA